CUUAUUAUGGUCAUCCGCGUGACUCCAAAGCUUUGGUAAUUUCUAGAGAGAGCAAACGAUCGAAAGAGCGGCAAACAGCAGAGGAGAGAUGGGUAGCGCAGCCCUGGAUCCCAGAGAGGAAGUUAUUCAAGCGUGGUACAUGGAUGACAGUGAUGAAGAUCAGAGACUUCCCCAUCACCGUAAUCCCAAGGAAUUUGUGUCGUUAGAGAAACUUGCUGAACUUGGAGUACUCAGCUGGCGACUAGAUGCUGACAAGUACGAAACAGAUGAGGAGCUGAAGAAGAUACGUGAAGCCCGUGGAUAUUCGUACAUGGACUUCUGUGAGGUUUGCCCAGAAAAGAUGCCCAACUAUGAGGAAAAGAUCAAAAAUUUUUUUGAAGAGCAUCUUCACACGGAUGAAGAGAUUCGUUAUUGUGUGGCAGGAAGUGGUUAUUUUGAUGUGAGGGAUGGUAACGAAGCAUGGAUCCGUGUGCUGGUGAAGAAAGGAGGCAUGAUUGUCCUACCUGCUGGAAUAUAUCACCGCUUUACACUGGAUACUGACAACUACAUCAAGGCGAUGCGGCUGUUUGUUGGUGAUCCAAUUUGGACUCCAUUCAACCGUCCCCAUGAUCAUCUGCCUGCAAGGUAUGGUUUGCCGCAUCUCAAUUUGUGGAGAUAUCUACUUCUUUUUAUGUCACCAAUAAACAUAUAUGUCAUGUUUGAUUUUCAGGAAAUGGGAUGGGAAUGGAACAAAAAAAAAAUUGAAAGAAGAAUAUGAAAAAAAUUAAUUUUACUUUUGGAUAGUGGAAUGUCUAUUGUUAAGAAUAGAAUGAAAGAAGGGGUGAAAACAUAUUAAAAAUUGUACAGGGAUAUAAUAACUUUAUAAAAAAAAAAAAAAAAUCACACGUGCAAAAGCUUUUUGCUAUUCAAUCUUACAUGAAAUAGGAUAAAAAGAGAUAUUUCCAUGCAUAUUGAAAUUUGCGAAUAGUUAUUCCUCAUCUAUUUCAUAUGACGGUACAUAUUCUUUUAUAAGCUAUCGAAAUUUUAUACUGAUGUCUUUAUUCUUAGAAAUAAACAUGAACCAAAUAUAAUCUAAGUGACAAAUCCAAUUUCAUUAAAUUUUUAUGCACACCAAACCUUUAGUUAGGAGCAUCCCCAAUUCUCUGAACGUCUUCAUUUGCAGGAAGGAGUACGUAAAAACUUUCGUGAAGAAGGAGGUUGCAAACCAGGCUGUUGAUGCUGCUGCAUAAAAUCUGAUGUCCCUUAUAAAAUCCCCUUGAGAAUGGAUGUAUUGGCUCUAAUAAAUGUAUACCCUCAGUUACAUUGUUGGGUUACUUGUAUUGCUUGUUAUGGUUUUGUGUCUCAACUUGAUUGCCUGCAAAUAGUACAAACUCUAAUGCGACCACAACCCAAACCACCACCUGUUCCUCACUGCAGGUGCUGUCAUAUAGCAUAAACUUAUGAUAAAA